AAUAGUGGUAGACUUUAUAAUGAAGUCUAUAAAAAGGAUCAUUUUGUUUUGUGAAGAAGUAAGCACUUGUAACUCACGAUCGUUUUGUUUUUCUUUGGUCAGAAGCUAUAAAACUGAUUUUCGAUCGGAAGAAAGGUAUUAAUUAGAUCAGAAGUUAGAUAGAUGGAUGUGAAUUAUCCGAUGACUCGCGCUCGGGCCCGGGCCCAGGCUCAGGCCCGAGCUGCUGCCGGAGAAAUAGACGACGGUGAUUGGCGGAGUCAACUUUCACCCGAUGCUCGUCAAAGGAUUGUCAACAAGAUAAUGGAGACCUUAAUGAGGCAUCUUCCUGUCUCUGGGCAAGAAGGAGUACAGGAGCUUAAGAAAAUUGCAGUGAGGUUUGAGGAGAAGAUCUAUACUGCUGCAACAAGUCGCCAAGAUUAUCUGCGGAAAAUAUCUAUAAAGAUGCUGACCAUGGAGCCAAAAUCUCGAAAUCCAAAUGCCCAUGGCCCAGAGAUGACGACAGAAGCUGCUUCCUAUGAAACUAUUUCUGGGCCGGAGGAGAGUGACGAGGAAGAGGACGAUGGGGACGUGUCAAAGGAGGAUGGUUUAGAGGAGGUGGUGGUGACGGAGGAGCAAAAAACUAUUGUUGGACACAAAGAGAAUGUUAAAGCUGGGGAAAAUGAGAUCUCUUGCGGGUUGAAUUCUGGUGCUAAACUUGAUGAGCGGUUAGUGCAAGUUGAGGAACGAUUAAAGAAGAUGGAGGCUCAUUCAGAAAAGGUGGAGACAUUGUUGGUUGAUAUUAACAAAAAAUUGAAUUAUUUAGUGAAGAUGCAGGAUGUUAACAUUUCUAGGGACAUUAAACAUCCAACUAAGUGCAUGAGCUCCUCUUGGACUGGUAAUGGCCAACUAAAGAGGAAACAUAGAGUUGCUGAGAUGAUAAGGCGAUCUUGCAAGCAUCGACGAUUGGGAAGAGGUGCAAUAGUGAAGUAGUUUUUUUCCGGUUGCUUUGCGUGAUGAUUGUGUCGAAAAUCACCUCCAAUGGAAGUUAGAUGAUGAAGAACAAAAAAAGUGAUGAUAAUCACUUGUGUUUUCCUUUCUAGACUUUCACAGCUUGUUACGUAUCGUUUCAUAAUGUAUCGUGUUAUAUUGUAUUGUAUUGUUUUGAUGAAUACAUCGUUUGAAUAGAUUGUAUCGUUUCUAAUCGUUACAUAAUGUCGCACAUCAGCCAUGAUCGACUUUUUUCUUUUA